UGAACAUUGAACACCGAACGAAGUCGGUUUGCAUUUUACUUUAAACAGUCAUAAUCCAAUCAGCUCAUACACGGAUAAACAUUAAAAAUGUCAAACAAAAUAAUGAUACCCAUAUCUGUCUAGAACUCAGUACUGCAUGAUGGUGAAGGAGUUGACUGCGGUAGCCAUCAGUUGUAUGGAAUUUUCAGCACCCAAUGAAAGCACUAGUUUUAUUUCACCAAGGGCUAAAAGUACAAGACUGGCAUCACCUGCAGUUGAUCAAAGUACAAGACUGUCAUUAACUGCUGUCAAGAAUGAAUCAGCCGACCAAAGUACAAUCAAUCUGUCUCUCGUCAACAUGCCCCAAAUCAUACAGGAAAACUGGCUGACAGAUGAUUCCAUCGCUAAAGAUUUGUCAACGACAGAGGCAAUGGUGACAUACAAAGUCGUGGAAAAUGGCACCCGGCGAGGCAGGAAAAAACUAGUUUCUAGUGAUGGGCACACAUUCACUUUUAAAAGACAUAACAAGGACAGUACGGAUUGGCGGUGCAGCAUCAGAAACAAGACUAUGGUCUGUCCAGUUGUCAUCAGAGAACGAGCCGGGUUCUACAAUGCCAACACCGAGCACUCACACACCGCAAAACCAGCUGUCAAGAAUCGGGCUGAGGGAACUAAUGAUGUAAUAACUUUGCAUCAGUGUGUUGUAUGUAACAAGAUUUUUCAACAUUAUGAUGAUUUAGAAAAUCAUAAGAAAAUAUGUGUAAAAGAAGAGAAAAUUGAUGAGGUAGAUGAAUUUUGUCAUGUUAAAGAAGAGAAAACAGACGAUGUAGAUGAAUAUUGUCAUGUUAAAGAAUUGAAAACUAAUGAUGUAGGUGAAUAUUGUCAUGUUAAAGAAGAGAAAACUCAUGACCUAGAUGAAUAUUGUCCUGUUCAGGAAGAAAAAAGUGAUGAUGUAGAUGAAUUUUGUCUUGUUGAAACAUGCUAUCAAAACGGUUGUAAAUCAAGUUCUAAAUCUGAUUUUGGAGCUUUGCAAAUAAACACAAGAAUUCAUUCUGGAGAAAAACAUUUUAAUUGUGAUGUUUGUAGUAAAUCAUUCACCAAGAAAAGUGGUCUUAAGAAACACAUGAGAACUCAUACCGAAGAAAACCCUUAUCCUUAUGAUGUUGGUAGUAAAUCAUUUAGUCGCCCAGGAGCUCAGCACAAACACGCAAGAAGUCAUACUGGAGAAAAACCUUAUAUAUGUGAUGUUUGUAGGAAAUUAUUCACUCAUCGUUAUAUUCUAAACUCACACAUGAGAAUUCACACUGGUGAAAAACCCUUUAGUUGUGAUGUUUGUAAUAGAUCAUUCACAUUAAAAAGUGAUCUAAAGUCACAUAUGAGAACUCAUACUGGUGAAAGACCCUUUAUUUGUGAUGUUUGUAGUAAAUCAUUUACCCGAAGAAGUGAUCUAAAGAACCACAUGAGAAUUCAUACUGGUGAAAAACCUUAUCAAUGUGAUGUCUGUAGUAAAUCAUUCAUUGAGAGUGGCAAUCUGAAGGCACACAUGAGAAGGCAUACUGGAGAAAAACCUUAUAGUUGUAAUCUUUGUAAUGAAUCAUUCACCAAUAGAAGUCCUCUGCUGUACCACAUUAGAAGAAGACAUACUGGAGAAAAACCUUAUAAAUGUGAUGUUUGUCAUAAAUCAUUUACCAAUAGAGGUUGUCUACAGAAGCACAGGAGAAUUCAUACAGGAGAAAAACCUUUUAAGUGUGAUAUUUGUGAUAAAUCAUUCACCACUAGAAGUCAAGUACAAAGCCACAUGCGAACACAUACUGGAGAAAAACCUUAUGAAUGUGAUAUUUGUAGUAAAUCAUUUGCCCAAAAACUUGGUCUACAGUAUCACAUGAGAACACAUACUGGAGAAAAACCCUUUACAUGUGAUAUUUGUAGUAAAUCAUUUACCCAAAGAGGUAGUCUACAGAAACACAUGAGAACACAUACUGGAGAAAAACCUUUUACAUGUGAUAUUUGUAGUAAAUCAUUUACCCAAAGAUGUAGUCUACAGAAACACAUGAGAACUCAUUCUAAAGAAAAGGCUUUUACAUAUGAUGUUUGUAGUAAGUCAUUCACCAAAAAAAGGUAAUCUAAAGAGCCAUAUGAGAACUCAUUCUGGAAUAAAAAUCUUAUAACUCUCAUGUUUGUAUUUAAACGUUUACCCAGAAAUGUGGUCUACAGAAGCACAUGAGAACUCAAAACUAAAGAAAAACUUUUUAAAUGUGAAUCAUUCACCAAAAGUAGUCAUCUAAACAGCUACAUGAGAACUAAUACUGCAGAAAAGACCUUAUAGAUGUAUUGUGGUAUGUCAUUCCCGUCUCCAUUUUGUGUCAAAAUCUGUGAUAAUUUCUGUCGUAACUUGCUAAACUAAGUUUUUAGUAGAGUAGUGGUGCCCUUAAGGGGGCAUAACCAGGCUUCGAUGGUGGAAGUUCUCAAUUUUUCUCAAUGGUAUUCCAUUAGACAUUUUAUUCGUUUUGGCGGUUGUGGUCAAUCCGUAAAUUAAUGGUGCCAAGGACGCCAACCUUAAAGAAAACCUUUGAAUAUGGGCCCUGAUCCCAAAAUAGCAAGUUGUAUCUUAUCACCAUUUAUGUAUUUUAUUGAAUAAAUAGAAGUCAAUGGAGAGUAAAAUUGUAUACUGGGUACUACAUGUAUAAUACGGCAGCCAAACCCCAUGUUAAGCCUUGACAUGGAAAUAUAGUCCACCUAUUGUUUUUUGAUGUGUAGAUUCAGAAACUGGAUGAUGCCACCGGCAUCCUUGGGGAAAAUUUAAAUAUUCAAGAUGACUGCCAUAAAACAUUUACUGGUUAUUUAGUGUGGUAACAUUUGUGAAAGAUUCUCCCGGACCUAGGUUUGAAGGUGGUUUCUAUAAGAUUUCGACCCACUGAAUCCAAUUAGCUUGGGUAUUCCCCCUAAAAGUGGCGGCUAAUUCAAAAUAGGGGGCUCAUUUUGAUGGGAAGCUCAUAAAUUUUCA